AGAAGCAUGCUCGCGCGAGGCGCCAGCCCGAGCGCCGAGCUGUGAUCCGACUGCGAGCAAAGUCGCCGGAAGAGGCACCAGCGGCCAGGCGGCUGUCGCCGAUCGAUCCCGGGGCACGAGCGGCCCCGCCGAACCCAGUGCUGCUGGUGGCGGUGCUACUGGCGAGUCGUGUUGCCGCGCUAUGUUGCUGGAGUCGCGCGCCCUCGCCGGUAGGAAGCAGCUGCUAAGCAACGGCCUCACCCUGUCACUGCGGCCCGCCACCGGCUCGCCUGCCUGUCACCGCGGCAGCGCUGCCAGCGGCGCCGACACCGACGAGGACGACGCCUCCUCCUCGGCCUCAUCCUCAUCGCUCUGCAACAGCCGAGCCAUGCACGCCGCGCCCAGCUCGCCCGCCGCCGACCAGCACACCACCGACAGCUCCACGCCCUCGCCCGGCCUGCUGCACAACAACAACAACAACAACAACAACAACAACAACAACAACAACAACAACUGCUCCAACUCCAACCGGCAGUGCGCCACCGACUUCAGCAUCGCGGCUAUCAUGGCGCGCGACUCGAGGCAGCAGCAGGCCAGGGAGCAGCGCAGGGAGCAGCAGCAUCCUUAUCGCAGGCACGGCAGGGAGCCGCCAGCCAGUGCUGCCGGCGGCGCCAACAAACACUCCUCCCUCGAAAAAGAACCGAGCGUUUCCGGAAUGGGCAGAGGAUCGUCACAGUCGCAGCGAGAACAGCGCGAGCAGUUGGAAAAGGUUCAACAAGAGUCGUCGUUCGAUACGGAGGACGAGCCCGAAACCGACGACACGGGUAGUGUCAGUGGGAAAGCACCGUCACCCAUCAAUCCUCUGCUGAUGGAGAGAUCCAACUGCGAGGAGUUGAGACAUGUGAUCUGCCACCUCGAGACCAAAGAGCUCUGGAAUAAGUUUCAUGAUCUCAGUACCGAGAUGAUUAUCACGAAGACUGGCCGGCGCAUGUUCCCGACGUGUCGAGUGUCGUUCCAGGGUCUGAGGCCAGACGGUCGUUACGCAGUGCUGAUGGACAUCGUGCCAGUGGACGAGAAGCGCUAUCGUUACGCCUAUCACAAAAGCUGCUGGCUGGUCGCCGGCAAGGCCGAUCCGCCGGCGCCGGCACGUCUUUACGUACACCCAGACUCGCCGUUCACGGGCGAGCAGCUGCGCAAGCAGGUCGUCUCCUUCGAGAAGGUCAAGCUCACGAAUAACGACAUGGACAAGAACGGGCACCUGGUGCUGAACUCGAUGCACAAGUACCAACCACGAAUUCACUUGGUGAAACGACCGGACGGUGGCAACUGCGAGCCGAUCGAGGAUCUGGAGCGCGAACCACACAAGACCUUCGUCUUCCCCGAGACGAUUUUCACCGCUGUCACCGCCUAUCAGAACCAGCUCAUUACCAAGCUGAAGAUCGACUGCAAUCCUUUCGCCAAAGGCUUCCGGGACUCGUCCAGGCUCACCGACUUCGAGAGUUAUCCUUACAGGGACACCAUGCAGUCGCUGCUGGCAGAGCAGCAGUCGCUAAGGUUUCCCCACAGAUUCCCCUUCGAGAUGGACGAGCUGCAGUCGAGCGCCGCCGCGGCGACGAAUCUCACGCUCGAAGAGAAGGCGAUGUGGGCGGCGCGCUCCUCGAUAUUCUUUAGAGCCGCGGCGGCCGCGGCCGUCGGCCCGUACGCCCAGCUCGUCAAUCCUGCCUUGGCCUAUCCCGGAGUGGCAGGCUCGAGUCAACAGCAACCGCAGUCCCAGCAGCAGCUGGGCCAGUUGUGGUGGGCAUCGUCGUUGGGCUUCGCCGCGGCCCAUCAACUGCAGCAGCAGCAGCAGCAGCAGCAGCAGCAAUUGGCGUCGAGCUCGGCCGGCAGUCCUGGCGGUGCGAGUGGCACCAACACUGGACCCGCAGCACCGCGACCGGUUUAUCCAACAGCCUUGAGUUUGGCUCAUCACAGAUUCUCGCCUUACUCCAGUCCGAGGACGCCGCUCAAGUCGUCGACGCAGAUAGGUUCGUCGCCGUCGAGACGGACGACACCGUCGCCGACGGAAAGUGUUGGUGCUAUGAGUGCUCAGGACUUGUCGCCGUCGUAGUCGAGGCCUGACACGGCCAGUCCUGCCCCUUGGGACUAGCCACCGAAAUCGUUCGUCUGUGUUUUGUAAAUAUGUGCAUUUUAGAAUACUAGAGGGUAAUGAGUAACAGAAGGGGGAGGGGGGGGCGGCAGAUUAUCAGACUUUACGUACUAUUUGAUGGUUAAACGUGUAUCUUAGGCAUCUGUACAUAUUUAUAUAAACGCGUCAUUCUAUCUUUCUCUGAUGUACUAUAAGCUGUGUAUAUUUCGUAUAAAUGCAUUAAAUAGCGCGUCUCCGUAUACCGUUAUUAUCUCGUUAUUUAUAUUAUAUAUGUUGGCGCUUUACUUUCAGUAUUCGUGGACACUAACAUACACGCACGACACAUCGUUGUUCGAGACAAGACACUAUAUUUUUGCUUCGACAUUGAUGUGUGACGAGGUCAUUAUUUUAUUUUGUACGUUCUGUGAGACAUAAAGAAUAUGCGCGAGGCGCAUUACUAGACUAUUAGUAUUAGGGCACGUUAUUAUGAGCAUUGUUAGCGUACUGCCAUUGUAAAUAUGUCCCGUGGCGACGAAAAAAUUGUGGCACUCUUAAUUAACAAAGAGUAUAAUGAGUGCGAUUGUGUGUACAAGAGAGUGAAUGAUCAAUGUUAAUGAUUUUCGAUUCAAUUAUUUCACUACUUUGUUCGUUUCCUCGCGACGCUGAAUUCCCAGUGCAAUAAUCUAACACACGACUUUUAUUUAUAAAACAACAAAGACAAAACAAAGUAA